AUGCUCAACUUCACCGGGUCCACCAAGAAACGCGUCAUCAACCUCGGAAACCGCACCACGGGUGCCAACCAGCAGCGGUUUCUCGAGCAACAGCGCCUCCAGCGGCUCGAGCGAGAGCGGCUCCGCCGUGAGGACGAUGCUGCUAGAGUGAUCCAGCGGUACGUUCGGCGCUACCUUGAUCUCCACCACCACAUCGCCGCAUUGCUGCCUCCAGCGCUGCUGGAGUUAGCGAUCGCUUAUAUCCGGCUCGCGUCCCGAUGGUGCCCCGACAGCCCUAAUUUGCCUGCUUAUAUCACUCAGGUGAUUGAGUCGAUUAAUACCAAUGCUCACCAGUUGCUGCCGCUGGAUCUCCGGCUGUUAGUGGUCGCUUGUCAGCGUGUCAACCUCACUAAAGCAAUGGACACUCUAGUACUUAAUGCGCCCGAUAAUUACUUUAAGGCUCCUCCAGGGACAUUUGCGGGAGUGCUUUCAUCCACCACAUCGCUACCGGUAGCUCUCAAAGUGAAUAUUGGCGACUCUGUCGACGCUUUCGUCCACUGGCUCAUGAACCACUCCGACCCUAAACAGCUGGCAUACCCUCAAUUGAUUAACCAAGCAUACCUCAACCUUGUUCCCUAUACUCGUGACCUCCCCAAUGAAACACUAGUGCAUUUGCUUGCGGUCUAUAUUGGCGCCGUAGGGUCGGUGGCGUUGCUGGAUGUGUCCGUGGUCACCAGUCUCCUUAGUCCCAUCACCACCAGUAUCUCUGAUGAUGAAGAUGAACCAGGGAUGGUGGUGGAGCCGUGGAUCGAACGUAAUCUCGUGCAAUUAUACUCGUCGCAGUUCCUUGAUAAGUUGUUACAGCUGGAACGCCACAAGCUCCUUUCGUCGUUGGCAGUGCUCAUUCAAUUGAGUCCUCAGCAUCGCAGCAAGCUUUGUACGGCGAUAUGUGUCAAACGAGAAGUGUUUGGAUAUCUUUACAAUGAGCUUCUGGGCCAUGAAGUGUACCAAAAGAUUGUUAAUUCGCCGACGCCAUUAUACUCGCUGUUAUCACAGUUCGCCUCAAUUGCAAAUGAGCUGGAUUUCUGGAAGUUGGUAUACAUGUUCAUUGAGCUUCUUCUGUUCUUCUUAGUGGUUACCAACGAUAUCAGUCUCCAAAAAGACCAAGGGCUUUUCUCAUUGGUUCAACUCGCUGAGUUUGCCGAUCUCCUCAAGAACUUGACCCUCACAUUCAUCAUCAAACGCCCCGAAGGAUCGUGGGACCGCAUCAAAUACGCCAGCAUCAAUUUGCUCAACCAGAUCCACUCCAUCAACCAGCGACUUAGGUUCUUACCGGCCGAUUUCAACACGUUGAAGGAGAUCCCCAUGAACGUUGAUAUCCUCUAUAAAGUGUACAAGGCUCGUGCUGACCGUGAAGAUGCUGAUCUGACGGUUACUUUACUGAACGUGUACGCGGCGCAGUUAGAGAUCCUUGAGCAUCUCCCCUACUUUUUCCCAUUUAUGGAUCGUGUACACCUCUUCCGUUUACUUGUAUCGGUUGAUCACCUGGAGAACUGGUUCACCUUCCACCAAAGCAAGCUUGAAGCUCAGAUCCGCAGAGGGCACAUCUUCGAGGAUGGGUACGAGGCGUUUGCCCUGGCGGGACCAGAGUUCAAAAACCAGCUUGCCAUCAACUUUACCAGUGACGUUGGCGGUCGGGAAGCUGGGAUUGAUGGUGGCGGCUUGACCAAGGAGUUCUUAACGUCGACCAUCGCCGAGGCGUUUCGGUCCGAUCUGCACUUAUUGGCAGAAACUGGCAAUCGGCAAUACUACCCGUCACCUGAGAUCUACUACAAACUAACGCUCGACGUAGAUACUCCGGAUCAACACUCAUACUUACGCCAACUACAAUAUUUGGGGCUCAUUAUUGGCAAGUGUUUGCUCGAAGGCGUUCUUGUUGACGUGCCGUUUGCACCUUUUUUCCUCAAGAAAUGGUGUAAAAACAACGAGGCCAGCUCCAUCAACGACUUGGCCGAGUUGGACGAGAGUCUUUACCUUAAUUUAUUGAAGCUAGAAAAGCUUCUGAGCGAUGAGAUUGACGAGUUGGGGCUCACGUUCACUAUCGACGAAAACAUUAACGGUACGGUAAUCCCAUUCAAUUUGAUCCCUGGCGGAGACCAAGUGGCCGUCACCACGGAGAACAGGCUCACCUAUAUUCACCAGCUUGCUAAUUUCCGCCUCAACCGUCUGUUACGAGCACAAACCAACUCGUUCAUCCAGGGGCUCUAUAAAGUGAUUGACUCGCUGUGGCUUGCGUUAUUUGACGCUGAGGAACUCAAGCUUUUGAUUUCUGGUGAGGACAAAAUCAACAUUGAAGAGUGGAUCAAGCUGCUGGCGAUCGGCGGUGGCUACCACGACGAGGACGUCACCAUCAAGAACUUCUGGGAAGUGGUACGUGAGUUUGAUGUUGAGGACCAGAAGAAGCUCUUGAAGUACGUGACGCUGGUGGGACGCCCCCCACUCACCGGGUUCCUGCUGCUCGAGCCGCCGUUCACCAUCAACUUUGCUGGCAAAGACCUCAAUCGGCUCCCUACAGCGCUGACGUGUGUCAACUUGCUUAAAUUGCCCGACUACAAGGAUAAAAAGCUCUUACGGGAGAAGUUGCUCUACGUGAUCAACCUGGAAGCCGGCUUCGACUUGAGUUAA